AUGCCCAUACUAUACUUCAAUGGCAAAUCACCCCAACCCUGUUCCCCUCCCAAGAGCCAUCCAAGAGACCCUCAUUCACCUAGAAUCAUCGACCCCUCACUUAUUUUACCUCAAGCACUGCUAGGCGGCGAAGGUCCGAUCGAACCGCUACAUUGGUAUGACCCCUCCCUUACCCCCGAGGAAAUCAACAAGAGGAUUUGGGAAGGAUGGAAUGUAGAGAUGGCUUAUGGAGAGGUUGUAGCGAGAGGUAAAGAGUGUAAGAUGCAAGUUGUUUUAUCAUUCCAAGCUGCUUUGGAAGAUCCUAAAUUGAUCAAACACCAUUACAUCCGAGCGAUCCAAUACCACGAGGAAUAUGUAAAAUGCGAAUUGAUCAAGAUGUUGAGUUUCAUCGAACAUUCCCUUGGCCCCAAAUCUACCUUAACUUCGGUGUUGUUGGAUAAAUUCAUCAAGAAGAAGGAGAGUGGCAAGGGAACGAUCAAGGGAUUGGAAGAUAGUGUGAGAGAGGGUGAAGUGUGGAAAGGUAAAGGUAAUCUAGCAGGUAAGAAUGGUCAACAUGAACAAGCCAUUCGACAUUACCUCGAAGGCUUGAUUUCCAUCUGGCCAUAUACUUCAAGCGAUACUUCAAUGAAUUACCGAAAAGCUUAUGAGAGCGGUUUAGUCAAGCUUGAACAAGCAUUAUUGAAUAAUGUAAUCACCAUAUCACUUUCUCAUCCUUCCAAAUCCGGUCCCAAGAGGAUAAUGUUUGAUAAUAUCGCUAGAGUGACUUGUGAGGUCAUGUUGGAAUUUAGGUAUUUGAACAUUACUAAUCUUAGGAAAACAUUUGAACGUCUAGCUCAACUUGACGAGAGGGAAUAUGGAGUCAGAGGUAAACAAAGUGUGUACACGUUUAUGGAUGAUCUGUUUCGAGGUAAAGAAGGGGAUGAUUGGGCGCACAGGAAUGUAUACGAGAACAUGUCUGUCAUGAGUAGUGGGAAGUAUGUGAGGUUGAGGAUUGGAAGUAUCAGUACAUCGUAG